AUGGCCUCCAAUCCCGUGCAGAUGACUGCGCAGUCGCCAAAGGCUGACAAGGAGACGUCCGACCUCGAGAAGAUGGCUCCUCCCAGCCCGGACAACACUUCCUUGGAGGACGCCACCCUCGCCGCGCUGUCACGCGUCAAGACUGCCGACGAACAUCACCCCAUCCACUGGAGCCCAUUCAAGAAGUGGUUUGUCGUCUUCUGGUACUGCCUGCUGCAGGUUUUUGUCACCCUCACUACGACGACCUACGUGUCAGCCGAGUUCUUGGUCCAGGAAGCGUACGGCGGCACUACCCAGGUCAUCGCUCUGGGUCAGUCCAUGUUCAUCAUCGGCACUGCUGUUGGCCCCGUCUUCCUCGGCCCUCUAUCGGACAUCAACGGCCGAAAAUGGGUCUACGUCGGCGCCAUCUUCUUCUACGCCAUCCUCAAUAUCGGCUGUGCAAAGGCGCUGAACCUGCCCAUGUUGAUCAUCUUCCAAUUUCUGUGUGGAGCCGCCGGCAGCGUAGCAUUGUGCAACGUCGCCGGCACCAUUGCCGACCUCUUUGGUGACAUGGACGGUGCUGGCCAGCCUAUGGCCCUGUUCGUCGCCUCUGCUAACUCCGGCCCAUCCAUAGGCUCACCUGUGGGGGAGUGGAUCGCCGAGAACCCCAACAUGGGCCUUGCGUGGAUUUUCUGGAUCAACGUUAUUAUCGGUGCUGCUUUUGCCAUCGGCAUGUGCUUCCUGCCAGAGACCCUGCCCCGAAUCGUCAUUGCGAGGGCCGUCAAGAAGCACGAGGCUGCGGACCCGGAAGAGGUCGCCAUUGCCGAGGAGAAGAUCGAUGUCUUGAAAGAGAUGAAGUUUGUUACGACCAUGGCUCUGAAAAUAAUGGUCACUGAGCCGAUUGUGCUUUUCCUCGGGCUUUACAAUGGCUUCGCCUACGGCCUGCUGUUCUUGUACCUGGACGGCGUCUUUGACGUCUUCGUGUUCAACAACGGUCUGAGCUACAUUGGUGCAGACCUCACUUACUUGAACUUCAUAGUCGGUACCUACCUCUAUAGAUCAGACCGCCUCAAACAUGGCACCAAUCGACCCGAGGCCCGGUUUCUCACCUCGCUUGUCGGCGUCUGGGGCUUCCCCAUAUCUCUUCUGUGGUUUGCCUUCACUGAUGAUGGGUCCGUGAGCUUCUGGUCGCCCGUCGUUGCCGGCGGCCUCCUCGCCGUCUGUGACCCCUUGCUGUGGCUUGCCAUGUUGAAUUACCUGACAGACUCCUAUCCCAGCGUUGCCGCUUCAGCUGUCGCUGCCUUCUUAAUCCCGUCGUUUCUGAUCGCCGCGGCCCUUGCGCACGCAGGUAUCGCGAUGUUUGAGAACAUGUCCACUAAAUGGGCUAUGGCAACGCUGGGGUUCAUCUCAUUCGGUCUGGUUGCUUUAGUCGCAGUAACUGCAGCCGCCGUAAUGGUUGUCGUUACCCCUACCAGAUUAGCCAGGUAG